AUGAUACGAGGAAUUGACGAGGACGAAAGUGAUUUCCUCGCCCGUGUCGAUGCUAUGAAAUCCGAAGCUUUGCGAAAAGCUAAGAAGCUAAUUCGUAAGUCUGUAACAGCCAGGCUUCAAAUUUGCCAGGAUAGUAACGUAUUCGGAUGUGUUAUGUUCUGCUUGUUCUGUAUCAAACUUGGCAAUAUGAUCGAUAAGGAGGGCAUAAUUACUGCC